AUAAGAGCUAGGUCAACAAUGGUUUGAGCUCAUUAUUCCGUGAAGGCAACGAAAACGAGCCCCAAGAGUCAUCCGUUUGUAUUGCCACCAAUAUUUCGAUACCAUAGUUGAGUAAAAUUAUCGUCGGCGUUUUCAGCGAUGUUUUCGGCGUACGGGAAGCCAACAAGGCGAAGGCAGCGUCACUAUUAUGAUCCACAUUUUUUGUCUGACAGAACUUCUCGGAACAAUGUGAAAUCGUCAUCAUUAGCGAAACCUGGUUACGAAGCUGAGAUUUAUCGUGAUCAGACUUAUAAGAUUGCCCCUCACCACGGGGCUAUACAAACUCGUCGAGUGUCACAAAAUUCGACGCGCCCAGUAGGUUCAUCAAAGAGCUUCGAGCUCUCCAGCGAACUUGAUGUAGAGAGUAUGUCGAGCGAUACGGGUGUUCCGCGCCAAUUUGGCAUCACAAGCGAAUGGAGCGUGACAUCUAGCAGCAGUUCGGAUGUAGCGCGGACAAUCGAUGUUCAAUCCGACUAUAAGGUCAACAGCGUAAGUGGACACAGGAAACUUCCGCCACCUAUUGGUACCGGAAAACAACUUAUGACCGCUUUUAGACGCCGAAGAACGGGUUAGUUCUUACUACGUCAAAUGCCAGGGGCAUACGUGACGGGAGGCAAGACGGCACGAAAAAUUCAGUAAAUAUCAGAUAGAAAUAAAACACGCAAAAAACAGGCCAGAGCGCGUGCUUGGUGGGCGUA